AUGGCUCCUUUAUCGCAAAAGAAGCGCAAGCUUCAAGAUGGAAUGCGAGGGAACACCCAACGACCAAAGAAGCGCUUUCGCAAACAGUUGGAAUACCACAGUUCUUCCGAAGACUCUGAUGGAGAGGACAAGGAUUUUGCGGCUGUCAAUCUCAACGAUUCUGAUGAAGAAGUGGAAUCCAGAGCUGUUUCUCAGACAAAUUCCAAAGCUAUGAAGCAGAAACAUUCUGAAAUUGAGUCCGAAGACGGCGCAGAAAGGGAGGACCCAGAUGAAGAGUCGGAUCAGAAUACCUCAUCGGACGACGAUGAUGACGACGAUGACGAAGAAGAAUCAAACACGGCAGCUACACGAAAGCCCCCGAGCAAAAGAAACAAUCCCGAGGCGUUCUCCACCUCAAUCUCCAAAAUCUUAUCCACCAAAUUAUCACAGUCGGCGAGGAAAGAUCCCGUAUUGUCACGAAGUAGAGAGGCUGCAGAAAUCAGCAUCUCUCUCGCCAACGAACGACUGGAGAAAAAGGCCAAGGCCAAGCUGAGGUCAGAACGGAAAGAAGAUCUGGAAAGGGGGAGAAUCAAGGACGUCCUCGGUCUGAAUUCUGGACAGGCGGGGGAAAUCGCUGAGGAGGAAAAGAGGUUACGAAAGAUCGCCCAACGGGGAGUCGUGAAACUUUUCAAUGCGGUUCGUGCGGCCCAGGUCAAGGGCGAGCAGGCAGCCAAAGAAGAGCGAAAGAAAGGAACAAUUGGGAUGGCCAACAGGGAGGAGAAGGUCAAUGAAAUGAGUAAACAAAGCUUUUUGGACUUGAUUGGCGGGAAAUCGAAAACCAGGAGCACCUCGGUGCCGUGA